AUGUCCACCAUUCCGGACGAACCAUCCAAACCAAAGUAUGCUCAGGGCCACAGUGCCAGCGUGGUGGCAUCUCACAUGUCCCGCACUGUAGAGAACUCGGCUUCGUUCCUAACGCCACAUCUCAAACCAGACUCUGUCAUCGUCGACCUCGGAUGCGGUCCCGGGACGAUCACGCGAGGCUUCUGCGCCUUUGUCCCCAACGGACAGGUCAUCGGUCUUGACUCUUCCGACGCCAUCGUCGAGCAAGCGCGGGCCGUGAACCCGGCGUCGGAGUAUCCCAACCUGAGCUUCAGAGUCGCCGACAUCACGGACCGCUUACCGUUCGACGACGCCUCAGUGGACGUCGUUUACACGCACCAGACGCUUCUCCACAUCCCGUCGCCGAUCACGGUGAUCAGAGAAGCUUUCCGGAUCCUGAAACCGAGGGGCGGCAUGCUGGCCAUGCGCGAGGCGGACCAUGUCUCCAUCCAACCAGAGUCGCCCGUCGUGGAACAGUACUGGCGCCACGUAUUUUCGUCCUUCCGAGGAAUGGGCGCGCAGGGAGACGGGUGUGGUCGCCGACUUCACCUCUGGGCCCAGGAGGCCGGGUUCGACAGGGCAAAGAUGCUCGUCGGAGCCGGGGCGACGGUCUACACGGCGCCCGAGGAAUCGAAGUGGUGGGCCGGACUACAUGUAGGGCGGCUGGAAGGUGAGAUUGGAGAGAAGUGGCUUCAGAACAAGACUGUUGCGAGUCAAGAGGAAAUCGAGCGUUUCAAAACUGCGCUGAAGACUUGGGGCGACCAUCGUGAAGCGUGGUAUGGGUUGAUGCAAGGGGAGGUGAUAUGUUGGAAGUAA